AUGUUCGAGACCACGCUGACCCUGCCGCGCACCAGCGUACUAACCGAACCGCUGGGCAGCGUAGUACCCUCCACAUCAACCGCGGCGGUGGCUGUACAGACGACCAAGCGUCGUCGGCGUCGUCGCAACAAGAGGCGACGCAAGUCCUCUCUGUCCGGCAGCACCGAAGCGUCCUCAUCCCGCACCUACGAUCCUGUCAUGACGGGCAGCAGCAGCAGCAUUCGUAGUACGGGUGGGGGAGCCCCAGGUGCCAUGCGUCGUGGUCGUUAUCGUGGGGUCAGCUCAUCCUCAUCAUCAGCAGCAGCGGCGGCGGCAGCAGCAGCAACAGCGUCUGCGGCGGCAUCAGCAGCCGCAUCCAUGAGUGGCGGAAGCAGUCCUUCGAUGUAUAUGGAUCCGCAGGACUACUUCGAGACGCUCGACUAGAUUAUUUACAAUUUUUCGUAAUAGGUUAAAUUUUGUUGUUACUUCAGUUCUCCUUUUUUACCAGCGGCCUAUUUAAUGUCCCUCUUUUAACUGAUUAAUUUUCUAAAGAUGCGCGACAUCUGCAGUCGGAAGUCUGAAGUCGGCGACUAUUUGCGGCCUUUUGAUUUAGCGUGAUUUUUAAUAACUUUUAACGUAUAUUUUAUAUAGCCCUUGUAAGCAUAAAGUGUGUAAUAUUAUGAUGUAUAAUUAAACUGCGAACUGUGCUGCGUCACGAACCCUGAAAUUACCAUUCAAGUGCAACCGCCUCUUGUUUGUUUUGCCAUUGCGCCCCCCAAACCAGCCCCAUACACACAUUCACACCCACAACAAGCUGAGAACAACCCACUAAAACUCAAACCCGAAAUAUAAUCUAGAAUGAAAUGAACACUUAAUUAAAAGAAAAAGAGUUCAGUCAUCUAUGUAGCAUGUUAUUAGAGAACCAACCCGUCAAUAGUUAAUUGCUGUAAACGUUUGUAGACUCUUUACACUCCUCUCUCUCUGUGUCUCACUAUCUGCCACACGAUCACGUUUCCGUAGAUCUGUCCAGUGCAACAUGGAACUUUCUCAUCAGUUUCAUGCAUAUGCGGCAAGACUAAGCAAGGCAUCAGCAAAGUUUUAAGUGUAACAUUUCGCUAUAGUGGUUAAGCAAUUUACAUUUACUCUAAAUAUAUAUAUAUACCAUACAUAUGUAUGUAUGUAUACAAGGUUGGACAUACACGUACGGCAAGCAGAAUUCAAUUAACUGGAUAAUCGUUUAAAUAUAUUGUAUGGAUGUGUAUUUCAGGA